CUAAAAUCUCUUCAUCGUCAACACCAUCAUGUUCUCAAAAAAUACUUGGCUUGCUGUACAAAAGUAUACAAAUGAACGCAACGUCUACUCACUUCAUCUGCUUCUGCAAACGAUUGUUAUUCACCUGUGCAUAUCAGUGAUCAAUGUGCAAUGCACUGUUGCUCAGAGUCCAGCUAAAAUUGUCCAUCCACCUUUGGAUACAAAAGCUAUCGCUGGAGAGUCAAUUCUAUUUUUCUGUCAAGCUGAAGGCAAUCCUACGCCUAGAGUUGUCUUCCGUUGGAAUGAUAUUGAAAUAACACAGAAUAGACCUGGUCUACAGUUUAAAGAAUUGUCUGCAGACAGUGUUGCUUUACGCGCUAAAUUAGAAUUGAGCCAUAACGGGAAUACUGUAACAUGUUUUGCUCAGAAUCAUGUCGGUUCAGAUUCGGCUACAGCACAAAUAUCAGUAUACAAUGCAAAUGAAACUCCACCAAGAGGAUUCCCUAAAGUGCAUCAAGAUCCAUCUGCUACAAUCAGCCAAGUUGGUGAUUCAACACAUCUACAGUGUGAUGUUUCAGCUGAACCACCGGCAACAGUCUACUGGAUUAAAGAUCAGUUCGAAUUGAUCGAUACAAGUCUUCCAAGAUUUCGAAUUGUCAGAUCAGGAUCGCUUGUAAUUGAAACUCUGUUAGAAACUGAUUCAGGCGCUUAUGAGUGUAUGGCACGUAAUGAAGUCGGCACUGUACUGAGUAAUUCAGGUCAUCUGCAUGUACGACAUAAUCUUACAAUUGCUUAUCAUUUUCUACAACAAAGAGGUAUUCAGUUUCCACCAACAAUCAAUGAAAUGCCAGAGAAAGUUGAAGUAUCCCCUGGGAAGGGAACAAAUCUCACCUGUCGAGCUGGUGGCUUUCCGAUACCAAUGGUAUGGUGGUCAACGCUAGGUACACCAGCUGGACCACGUCAUUCAGGACCAAUUAUUCUUGCUGAACGUGCAUUGACAGAACCUCAGCCACACGAGGCUACUUUACGUUUAACAGAUAUUACAGAGUCAUCUGGAUAUAAUUGUAUUGCAAAAAAUGGUCUGGGUUUAGUACGACGAAAUGUUAGUGUUAUUGUUAGACAACUACCUGCUCCACCAUCCAGUUUAGAUGCUCGACCAAUCGGUGGUACAUAUGCAGUACUCAGAUGGCCACCGAGUAUAUCCACCGGUGUUGAUUCCUAUACAAUCAGUUUACAAGUGAAUGACGGUGAUUUAGGCGAACUUGGUCGACGUCAAAUAACCAACAUUGAUCCAUCCGAAAUGAAAUCAGAAAUCUCACCGAGUCUAUUGGAUAUAACAUACUCAAAAGAAACUCCAAUGAUCACCUACAAUCUAACUGAAUUAAGCCCAUAUACACUGUACACAGCACAAGUGCAUGCAGUCAGUAGAGUCGCUGGUCUAUCUUUGCCUAGUGAUUCAGUGAAAUUUAGAACUGCUGAAUUAGCUCCUGGGACACCUCCACAAGUUUUGCAAGCGAAUGUUGACUCUCCAGAUUCUGUGAUUGUCACCUGGAAGCCACCGAUUGAAGCCAACGGUCGUAUAACGGGUUAUAAAUUGUAUUAUACUACAAGACCAGAAGAUUCGCUUAAUUCAUGGUUGAUUGCUAGAACAGCACAAGAGAAAUAUCAGCUAACAAAACUUGUUCCAAAUGCUACCUAUUAUCUAAAGGUUAAUGCAUACAAUGCUGCAGGCGAUGGACCUGUCAGUGAACAAUUACCCAUUGUAAUAACACCUGGAGUUCCAACUGCACCGACCAAUUUUCGUGGUGUAUCUAUAAAACCAACGAACAUCCAUUUAACAUGGACACCGCCAAAUAUGCCAAAUGAUCAGAAACUACUCGGUUACAAGUUAAGAUUUCGACCAGCUAGUACAAAUAGUCUAACCAAACCAUUAGAUUAUACACAACAACAACAGCAACAAAAUGUCCAACAAAGUACAAAGGCCUUAGUCACCGAAACACGUGAUAUUGAUGCAGACGCUACACAAUACUUGAUGACUGAUCUAGAACCAAGUACACGGUAUUAUUUAAGUUUGGCUGGUCAAACUGUACACGGUUAUGGAGUCGCGGCACAGAUUGAAGUACAAACUAAUGACUAUCCUUUCGAUCUACCUAGACCAAAAAAUGUCCACCUACGUACACUGACAAAUGUCAGUGCAAAAAUCUGCUGGGAUCAACCAAAUCUGCCUGAGUUAAUGUACUCUAUAAUAUCCUAUGAGUUGUUAUUCGGUCUAUCAAAUGAAGCCAGCAGCCCAUUGAAUGCCACCGGGAUAAUACCGUUGCCACAGUCAAUCUGUUGUUGUUUCACCCUACUGCAUUUACGCCCCGGUACUGAUUAUCGGAUAUGGUUACGUCUGGCUAGUCACAGAACUCUACCGAAUACAAUGGCUAGCAAAAACACCGACAACAAGAACAAUAAUGGAUUAUUGACGAGUAGAACCAAUUCUCCUUGGUCAUCAAUUGAUUCCAAGAAUAAGAUUACUGGUCCAGUCUCUGAACCACAAGCUUUCCGUACAUUAUUUACCAACGUUCCAAUGAAACCUAGGAAAUUACACCUUGUCGGCAUACAUAAAAGAUCACGGCUAACAACAUCACGUUCAGAUCAGUCUGUUGCACGUGGAAUCAUCGAUCUACCCUAUCUGUGUGUUGAAUUAGCCUGGGAUCCACCUGAAGGAUUGCAUACAACUCGACAAGUUAGCUAUCAAGUGUUUGCCCGACUAAUUGGUCCACAAGAUUUGGUGAAUGAAUUAACCGAUACUACACUGGGUUCAAGUGAACCAUAUGGAGCAGGUCUAGAUCGUGAUAAUAGUGGUCAUCCAUUGUUACACAGAAGACUGUUGGCUAACGUGACUGGAAAUACAUUCAGGUCGUCAGAAAGUGAUAACAUUGGUUACGGAUUGACCUAUCUGUUUGAAGUUGUACUAAUGAACACAAGUUCUACAGGUCUUACAGCUCAGCUAGAAGUGACAACACCCGAUGCACCUCCAUCAAGUAGUCCGUUACACGUUCGUCUGAGUGGUUUAUCAUCAAGUUCAGUUGAAGUCAGCUGGGCACCACCGCCUGUACAAUAUCGUAAUGGAAAGCUGACAGGAUAUGAGGUUCGAUUUUUCGAGGUGGGUGCUGAGACACAGACUGAGACGACUAUCAAAGUCACAGUACCCGGUCAACGACAAUAUACAGCAAGAGGAUUGAAAGAGAAGACAUUCUACACAUUUAUGGUCCGCGCUUUCACAUCUGCUGGUCCCGGUCCUUGGUCUGGUGCCAGUAAUAUACGUACAAGUGUAGAACUGCCACCACCGCCUUUGGAUAUUCAAGCUUCACGAAUUAAUCAGCAUCAAAUAAAAGUC